AUGCACAUCAACGACUUCCCGUACGAAGUUCUUUCCCAGAUCCUCGACGAGGUUACCAAGGCCAAUGUACGUGAUGGCCCAACGUACACCUUUGGCCUCCAGCAAGCACCCCUCCCUCUAGAGAGGGCCAAGCUUCAACGCUAUGUUAGAGGCCCGGUCCCGCCUGAGCUCCUCAAGUGGGACGCGACUGCCACUCUACGAUCCGUGUGCUGGAAGUGGCACGAGUGGGCGCUGGAACACUCCAUCAAGGACGUCUACAUCCGACGAUGGAAGGGUGGAGAGCGAUGGGCAGAACUUUCCAACAGGCGAGAGAGCUACCCGCUCUACGAGCUCAUUAACCGUUUGACUGGCACGGCCGUCUACCGCGACCCAUUCGCCUCCCUCAAGCGCACUGUGAGCAUCUGCAACGACUACCCACAGGUAGCUUCCAAGAUCAAGCGCAUGUGGGUCCACGGCUUCUACACCGCCGAAACUGAUCGUCUUGUGUUUGAGUCGCUCAGGAACUGUACCAACAUCACCUCCCUUUCCCUUCCAUGGACCACCAUCAGGCACGUGAGUGCCGAUGCCUGGCGAACUGUCUUGACCGGUACUGGCAAGCCACUCCAGUCCUUGGAGCUCCAGUGUGUCGACCCCACAUCGCAGCAAGCUGCAGACAAGGACAACCUCGUUGAUCUCGAGCCUCUACAGUCUGUCAACUUCAGCCAGCUACGACGACUGAAGAUCUUUGGCGACACAAACUUCAUGCCUAUCACCAACAACGACCUCUUCGCCAUUGCCCGCACCGCCACCCAGCUUGAAGAGUUCCACUUGACCUGCAACUCCUCCAUUACCAUCGAUGGCGUUAUGGCUAUCGUCAAGGCAUCUCGCAAGACACUUCGCGUUCUCGAGCACAGCCCGCGGUCACAAGAUGGCUUCUGGCACCCGCAUCCUGGAUCCCCAAGUGACAGUGAGCAUCUUUGCGACACAUUCCGCAACUGCCCCAAGCUGCAGACUUUGUCCAUCUCGCUUCCGUCUGUCUGCUCGCACCUUUUUUCCAAUGAGGAUGCCAAAUUCUCGGGCGAUUUGCAGGUACGCGCCCUGCACUUGUGUGAACACGAGGAUGGCCGCUCCACUCAAGAGGCGACCGAUGCUCUACAAAAGCUGCUGGAACAAGCGCGGCGCUUCAUUCGGUUGCGUGCCGAGAGCGCUAUUCCCCGCGAACUUUACAUUGAGCUCUUCUUUGCCGAGUGCAUCUUCGAGCCUGGUUUCCAGUCCGUGCACGGUGACUUCUCCUUGGCGCAGAUUUCAUCCGACGGCCGCUGGCCACAGAAUGUAGAGUUCAGCGGCAAGGGCCCGUAUGGCAGCACCGGACUCUACGGAAAAGAGGAAGAGGCGCAGUUCCAGCGCAUCGAGGAGGCCGAGUUCCUCGCCGGCGUCCGUCGCAGGCUCCUCUCCAUUCGCACGUGAUCGUGGAACGAUCCACGAAUGACGACUAAACUUCAUUUCACUUGUAUCCUUUCAUAACGACUUUUAACGACAUAACGGCCACAUGCAUGCGCAACAAGGCCCGGAGCCAAAAGUUUUCAGGCCGAAAAGCAGCCAAUUAUUUUCAUGCAUAGGGUGUACUUUUCCUUCUCUUCUCUUUCUCGUUUCAGUGGGUUUCCUCUUAUAAAGCAAGACAUGGCCAUGUUUGAAAAAGCUGUUCAUUGGGUUGUUUUACUCGCAUGGCGAUGGUGGCUGCUGCAUUUACACGUCUUCCUUACUGUGGUUACAGUAUUCAAUGUUUUCCUCUAGCAUUUUCAGCGUUCAAAACUACUAGGCAAAUUUCAUCAUUUUCCCUUUUUCUCAAAGCAUGACCAAUGAAACAAACGAUAUGGAA